AUGUGUCUUAAGGGAGCCCAGCCAGAUAGCUUUACUUUCUCGAGCGUUCUCGAGGCAUGCUCGGAGCUGCGAGACUUGGAGAGUGGCAAGUCUAUCCAUGCUCGAGUUGCUUCCACUGGGAUGGUCGAGCUCGUUGGAAUGUCUCUGGUGGAUCUCUACGCCAAGUGUGGGGAGCUCGAGCCUGCUAGAUCCAUCUUCGAUGCAAUGCAGAGGAGGAACAACCACAAUGCUGGGUAUAACACACAAGCGCUCGAGCUAUAUGAGCUCUGGUGUGAUCGAUGGCGCAAUGACGCUCUGCUGUGGCGCUUGCUGAUCGCAUGUCCACCAACGGCAUUGAAGGAGUUCUUUCAUCUUGAAAACUGGGAACUCCGGCAGUAUUGCAGGAGAAAAGGCGCUCAAGUUUACUGGCUCAACUCUAAGGAGAGAAACCAGUGGUGCGAGGCGAGACGAUCAAACCUGGUGGGAAUGGUGGCCACUUUGAAAGCUUGGAUGCAUGCCGAUGAUCCACUUUUCUCCUUGAUGAUUUGCUACUUGAUCAGGCCACCCAGCCCAGCACCGCCCGCCCACCCGCCCACUGCCCGCAGCGCCGCUGCCACCACCGCCAUCGAAUUUGGAACUUCAAUUCUCCCAGCUUUGAUACCAUCCCUCACGCAUGCAGCCAGUGGAGGGCUGCUCAUACCUGGCUACGAGUUCUUGGUGUCGAUGAGUGGCGACUACGGGAUCUUUCCAGACGCCAACGCUGCAAGCUCUUGCUUGGACGACGUUACUCUCCAGCAAAGUGGUGCGAAAGGGCUGGAGUGA